GCUCCUAUCCAAAACAUCUAUCUAUAGUACGGAGUACGGCAGAGAGAAAGAUGUUUAACUCGGUGAAUCUGGGGAACUUCUGCUCCCAGACGCGCAAAGACCGGACAUCCGACUUUGGGGACAGGGCAGGCUGCGCGUCCAACAUCUACCUCCCCAGCUGCACCUACUACGUUCCCGAGUUUUCUGCCGUCUCCUCGUUUCUUCCACAGGCCCCGUCCCGGCAAAUUAGCUACCCUUAUUCCACAAAUCUGUCUCAAGUACAGCCGGUACGGGAAGUUUCAUACAGCUUGGACCCUGCCAGCAAAUGGCACCACAGAAGCAAUUAUGCAUCGUGCUACUCGGGAGAGGAUCUGGUGCAUAGAGACUGUCUUCCACCAUCCACCAUGACAGAAAUGCUCAUGAAAAACGAGAGCGUGUACAGCCAUCACCAUCACCAUCACACCCACCCGGGCUCCAAUCACCCCUCCACGGGUUUUUACUCUGGUGUGGGGAAGAAUAACGUUCUCCCGCAAGGUUUCGACCGCUUUUUCGAGACCGCAUACUGCAGCAGCACAGACAAUCAGUCAGACAAUUGUUUACAGAAGGGCGAGGGGGGAAAGCUGGAAGGCGACUCCCAGCAGCAGCAGAAUCCACAGCAGCCCUCUGUUCCCGGAGCUCCGGAGCAGGAAAAAGAAGCAGAAGAUGAGGAGGAACAAACAAAUUCAGGCUCGUGUACCUCUUCUUCCGCAACAACCAAGGACGGCAACGCCAGCAAGAGCAGCCACUCGAGCACCCCUCGCACAAGGAAGAAGAGGUGUCCAUAUUCCAAGUUUCAGAUCCGAGAGUUGGAGCGGGAAUUCUUCUUUAACGUUUACAUCAACAAAGAGAAAAGGCUUCAGUUGUCCCGAAUGUUAAACCUGACCGACCGCCAGGUCAAAAUUUGGUUUCAGAAUAGAAGAAUGAAAGAGAAGAAGCUGAGCAGAGAUCGCCUCCAGUACUUCUCUGGAAACCCUCUAUUGUGAACAGGAGCAGUCACGGUCAGUGACGUUAAGGCCUACUCGUUAUCUCACUGAAUUGUAAUCCUGGACAUAAUCAUUUUCUACAGGAGCUCAUAUCACCAACAGUGCAAUGUUAAAGUGGACAGUGGCAGUAAUAGUCCUGCAUGGGAUGAAGUCGCCAUUUUCUUAUUGCCAUACGGCGGCAUUGCGUUUCCAGCAGGUUCCCAGUCAGGCCUACAUACUGUAGAAUAAUCAUUUAUAAUCUGUUCUCUGAUAUGUCCUUCUAUUUAUCGCGGAUCUCGUUGUGUUUAUUCUAUUGGUCCUAUAGACCAAUUUGUUAAUACUAUCAAAUGUAACAAACAAUUCUUAUUGCGCAAACAGUUUUUAGCUCUUCGCCUUCUCUCUGGUACACAGCAAAUCACUGUCUAAUUAUUUCCCGACCAGAGUAAUGUUGUAUCACAUCUUCAGGCUGCGGUGUUGGCCACCGAGAACUGUGACGUCCAAUCUGUGAAAUAUAUCUCCUUGUACAGAAUAGCCUAUAUGCACUGUGCAUUCAUGACUGUAAAUAGACGUAUGCUGAAUGUCCUCCCCCUUAUCCCUGCUGCUAUUUUUCACUACAGUUGUCAUACACCUUUAAACAGCUUUAAUUCCAACAGUCGUUAAAUUAUUUGCUUAAAACAUUGGUGCUUUGGAUUUCAGACAGAAGGGAAAAAGUGUCAGCCUGUGUAUCCUUAAUAUAAUACCUAUGAAAUAAACAGACACAU